CAGGUGGCAGCAGUGCUAGCCUGCUGUAGCUACAGUGCAUACUGGGAGCUGGGUCGCCGCCCUAGCAACAAGCUGCAUAGAUAAAACAUCCGCCCUGUUUUACCCAUCAUCAGCGGGUCCCGUUUAGGAAUAAGGAUAUUUUAACGUGAGCUUUUCCCCCUUUUUUAAAUGGACAGUUUGCAAACAGGGGAUCCACGGUAUCUGAAAAGGAAAGUGAAGGGCUGUACUCUCGAUGUACACCCCACUGAGAGGGCUCUUAUCGUUCAAUAUGAGGUGGAGGCCACUGUCCUGGGAGAGCUGGGGAUCCCAAUGGUUGGAGAACGCAAAGAGUGUCAGAAAAUUAUUCGUCUGAAAAGCCUGAACGCCCACACAGAUACGGCCUCUUUGGCCCGAAAGGUCGUGGAGGAAUGUCGACUGAUUCACUCUUCCAAACUCCUCGAGGUGGAGCAGCUACUCUUUUAUUUGCAAAACCGAAAACCGUCAAAUGACAACCAAGAGAAGAAACACAUCUCAUCUCGAGAGCUCAAACCUUACACAGGAGUGGAGCUGGACGAGGAGGCAAGCAUCAACAGCAUCGAUGAGUAUGUGGAGCUGCUGUAUGAAGACAUCCAGGAGAAGAUCAGAGGAGCCACCCUCAUCUUCCAACUAGCUCGAAACCCAGACAACCUGGAGGAACUCAUACAGAACGAGGCGGCCAUUGGAGCCCUGGCCAGAGUAUUGAGGGAGGACUGGAAGCAGAGCGUGGACCUGGCAACCACCAUCAUCUAUGUCUUUUUUUGCUUCUCCAGUUUCUCCCAGUUCCAUGGCCUGGUCACACAUUUCAAGAUCGGAGCCCUGUGUAUGAAUAUUAUUGAGCAUGAGCUGAAGAGAUACGACCUCUGGCAAGACGAACUACAGAAGAAGAAAAAGGCCUAUGAAGAAUUCUCUGAGAACCAACAUCUGAAAAAGGAACAUGAGAAGUCUUUUAGAAAGUACCAGAGCCUUCUGGUCAAACAAGAGCAUCUUCUCAGAGUUGCUCUGGGCCUGCUGCUGAACCUGGCUGAAGACACCCGCACAGAGCUGAAGAUGAGGAAUAAAAACAUCGUCCACAUGCUGGUGAAGAUCCUGGACCGGGAGGACGAGGAGCUGCUGUUGGUGGUUGUCUCCUUCCUCAAGAAGCUCUCCAUCUUCCUGGAGAACAAGAAUGAUAUGGCUGAAACGUUUGCCGUGGAGAAGCUUGGUCGGCUGGUUCCCUGCGAGCACGAGGAGCUCCUGAGCACCAACCUACGCCUCCUGCUCAACCUCUCCUUCGACACGACGCUGCGCAGCCACAUGGUCCAGGCAGGACUCCUUCCCAGAUUCUCGUCACUGCUCGCUGACGAGGGCCAGAGACAGCUCAGCAUGUGCAUUCUGUACCACAUCAGCAUGGACGACAGAUUCAAGUCCAUGUUUGCCGACACAGACUGCAUACCGCAGCUGAUGAAGAUGCUGUUUGACUGUGUGGAGAAGGAGAUAGAUGUGGAGCUCAUCUCGCUCUGCAUCAACCUGGCUGCUAACAAGAGUAAUGCGCGUAUCAUCUGUGAAGGCAACGGUCUCAAGAGAUUGAUGAAGCGUGCUCUGAAGCUAAAGGAUGUUCUGGUGAUGAAGAUGAUCAGAAACCUUUCUCAGCACAACGGAUCCACCAAGAGCCUCUUCCUGGACCAUGUGGGUGACCUGGCAGCUCAGAUCAGUGAGGAGGAGGCGGAGGAGUAUGUGAUCGAGUCUCUGGGUACGCUCGCCAAUCUCACCAUCCCCGACCUGGACUGGCAGCUUGUACUAAAGGAGUUCAACCUGGUGCCCUACCUGAAAGACAGACUGAAACCAGGGUCUGCUGAGGAUGACCUCAUUCUGGAGGUGGUGAUCAUGAUCGGCACCGUCUCCAUGGAUGACUCGUGUGCAGCCAUGCUGGCCAAGUCUGGCAUCAUUCCUGCUCUCAUCGAGCUUCUAAAUGCCCAACAGGAGGAUGAUGAGUUUGUGUGUCAGAUUGUCUACGUUUUCUACCAGAUGGUGUUCCACAAAGCUACCAGAGACGUCAUAGUCAAAGACACGCAAGCCCCUGCAUACCUCAUCGACCUGAUGCACGACAGCAACACAGAGAUCCGCAAAGUCUGCGACAACACGCUGGAUAUCAUCGCUGAAUAUGACGAGGAGUGGGGAAAGAAGAUCCAGAAUGAGAAGUUCCGCUGGUACAACGGUCAGUGGCUGGAGAUGGUGGAGAACCGUCCGUUGGAUGAAGCGGGAGAGCCCUUCCUGUUCGGGGAGGACGGAGAGUCCUUCAUCGGGGAGAGAGACAUCAUGGAGAGGCCCGACCUGUUCUACAGCCCUGAUGGGAUCACGUCAACGGACGGGGCCAUCAGUCCGGAGUUCUACACCGACCUCCAGGAUGGAGAGCUGGGACAGUCCGGGUACAUGAGCAGUGUGUCGGAGCAGUUUGUCCCAGCAGACCAACCGGUUAGCGGCUACGGCUUCCAGCCCGAAGAACAGUUUUUCUUCAACUACAACAAUGCCUCCCGGUAAAAACCUGGAACCUGUCACUCAUAAAUACUGUACACAUGUCUCUGAUAUUGAAUGUGUGCUACUAAAGAUGCGUCUGCUGUGGAGGAAUAGUAGACACACAUCUCUUGUUUCUGCACCUCACAGCGUUCGACAAGUUUUCACUGUCGUCUUAACAAUAAGUCAGUCUAUUAAUGAAGCGAACAAUCUGCAUUUUUUUUAACAAAGUGUCAUUUUGUUUAUUUUAAAGCACCAAAAAGUAAUCACUUUUAAACAAGUAUGACACAAGUAUCUCACCCGCAACGUCCUUAAAUCUCUGAAAGUAUGUGCCCAAUAAAUAGAGACAUAUUUUUCGUCUUACUAAUUUAAAACUUCUGAAAACAAUCCUGUCUAUGGCAGGCAGUCUUAGAUUUCAUUUUACUUUUAUUCAGACGUUUAAAAAUAAUUGUAAUGUUUCUUAAGUGAUUCAAGCACACAGUGUCAAAGCUUUAUCAUUUUAUUUUUCAUUAAUACAGUAUACAAAAAAAAAAAAUCAAAAGCAUCUACAUAUUUCAGAAGACAGCAUUUGCUUCCAUUCUUGCAAAACCAUUUGUUUUAACUGAUCAUCAAUUUGAUUAGCAAUUUGUAUUAGUUGUUAAUUGACAAAGCAUUGCAGCCCUUUAGUCGGGAACCAUUGAGUAACACAUUAAACAAGUAGUUGAAAUAGCUGGAGUUAUAAGUUAUCAAUACACCAGCAUUUAAAACAUUAACUCAACUAAGUAAACUCAAAUGUCUCAGAUUGUCUGUAUACAAAAAAAACACAUUUCUCUUUAAGAAACGGCCUGGAAAAAUAUUACGAAAAAAUUCAGUAUUUUCUUGUUUUUGCACACAGUCUCUCACUGGAAGCUCUGCAGUACACUGUAAAAAAAGAAAAAAGGUCCAGGCACUGUAUUAAAGUGUCAUUUAUCUCUAUUUCUGUGAAUGUAAUUGAAGAAGAAAUGUAAACAGCCUUUAAUGUCUUAUAUUGAAAUAUGUGUCUUUAAAUAUGAACAAAUGUUAAAUAAUUUAUAUUCACUCUUUAUCUUGUCCUUGAUCCUGCUGGCCCGCGACAAUAUGAGAAGAACAUUUUUUCUGUGUUGCAAUAUAUCAAAUGAAUGGAGGGCAUAUUAUUGUAGUCAACCCGUAUUAGAAUGUAACCCGUCACAGAUGUUGGAUUACAGCUUUUUGAUAUUUCUCAGCGCAGUGUCUGUGAUUGUUUAAAAGAAAAAAGUUGUGCAUCGUAAAUAAAUAUUUAAAGCCUGAA